GUGCUAUAUAAAAUGUUCGGAACAUUGACAUAGAAACUACAAGCGUUGCUGUUUCAACGACAUACAUACAGACAAACAGACAAUUGAAAAAUGUGUUAUGGAUUACACUUUUUCCCAGUUUGUGUUGUUCUUGUCUCCUUGACAACGUUUUGUGUGACCUAUAUUUUGUCAGUCGUGAGAAACGAUGUAAACCCAGUUUUACCAUACAUCAGUGACACAGGAACAACUCCAUAUGAAAGUUGCUUAUUUAGUUUUUUCCUUAAUAUUUCCGCCAUUGCUGCUUUUUGCACAAUGUACAUCAGAUACCGCUGGAUUCGUUUGGUGUCUAACGAAGAAAGGUCACUCCGGUGUUAUAACAUUCUGGGGCUGGUCUCCGGAUGGUUCUCCGCCCUGGGCCUCGGGCUUGUUGCAAAUUUUCAGGAAACAAACUUAGAGGGCGUUCACAUGACUGGCGCAGCAAUGACGAUUGGUUUCGGUAUUCUGUACAUGUAUCUACACACUGCUCUAUCAUACAAAAUGUCCGACACGCCGGCCCUGAGUAGAGUCCGCCUCGUAAUGGCCAUAUCAUGUACAGUAACAGCAGCUUCAUUCUUAAUCGCCACUUUGGUUGCUAAAUCCCAGCGUUCCUCCGCCACCGAUCCUUUACAUUGGAAAUCAUCUGAUAAGGGAUACCCAGCACACGUGACAGCAGCUAUCAGUGAGUGGCUGACUUGCAUUGUGUUCCUUCUAUUCUUUGCUACAUUUGUCCAGGAUUUUAAACGAACCUCUGCAUCCGUGACAUUUCACAUAAAUCUAAUAGAAGAGUCAGAUGGUAUCAAGGUCUGAACAUUUUUUCUAGCAAAAUUAAAUUAAAGAGCAAAUAUUUUGAUAUAUUUUUUGUAUAUUUUUAUUAUGUUGUUUUGAUUUGAAUCUGUUUGUCAUGAUAUACACGUGAAUGCAUAGUAUUGUAAUAUUUCUUUUGUUACAUUUUUUAUUGAAAAUAAAUAUCUAUAUUUGAAA